AUGGCCGCAGUCGUCGCUUCACAGCUCGUCCGUCCUUCUAUCCGUCACUUUUCUGCGCACCGCCCCCGCCCAGAUAGUCGCGCGGCUCGCGCAGUGGCCAUGACCUGCAUCAUCUCGGGUGUGGCCCUUCCCUUUGUUCCGCCUGCCCUCGAGAGCUCGCGCCAGCGCAACUCCAGCUCACCUGUCAACAACAAGUGA